AAUUUGACGCUCCGCAAGUGCCAUAGUCUGUGCACUUGUGACUUUUAAGGCUACAGGACAAGACACCGACGAUAUUCAUCUCUUAUCCAUGACAUUCAGCCAAUUCCAUGGACUUCGAUUACUAUUGACACUCCUCAUCUUACCAUGGUCAGUCGUCAGUUAUCCCAGUACACCUGGAACUUGUGAUAUUGAGACCAUGAGCGUCUUGGGCCAUGGUCCGUCCAAAUCAACCUGUGCUGACUGCUACCAAGUGCAUGUGUUUCCCAAGGAGAUCGUGGACCUGACCCCGAUUACCAUCAGUAUCACUGGUCCAGAACCUUAUCAAGGCCUGUUGUUGCAAGUCAAGAAUGAAAAUAAUCAAACGAUAGGUGAAUUUAUCGACUUUGAUGAAAGUUUGUUUGGCCCUGUUUCCUGUGACGAUGACGACGGUAGCUACAGUGACGACGAGAUCGUGGCGGUACUUGGACAGAUGGACCCCCGACUAAAAUCAUGGCCUACCACCGCCAAGUGGCGCUUCCGACCUUCCAAUGCCCUUCUUUCAUCCUCCAUGCUACGCGUCCAGGGCAUGGUUGUGUUGGAUUACGAGAAUUUUCAUAUACUCCCCGAAACUGCAUUUCAUCUAAAACUCCAUGGAAAAUCGAUGUUUCCAUCCACCAGCAUACCCGCAUCCACUAUCGAACUACCACCUUUACCAUCUUCGCAAGCGAUAUCAGUACCGUCUCAAGUGGCACAACCGAUGCCUCAUGUGGAACCUUCUCCGUGGGUCCCUACACAUGAAGAAGCGAGCAGUCAUUCUCUGUUCAUGAAGGUGCUUAUCGUUAUCUUGAGUAUGUACUUUAUCAUGGCCUUGUUGCAUCGCUAUUGGCAGAAACGAAAACGUCAUAAUAGUGAGUGAAUUUGACGUGAGCUUUCAAAAAAGUUCCAUGUGGCUUUUUGGGGGGCCCGUGCAAUCAUUUGCUUAUUGAUCCAAAUUAAAAACCAUCGGUGUGAGGCUUUUUGGGUCACCGUCUCUUUUUUUUUUAUUUUCUGUUUGCGUUUCUCCUAAAAUAAUCAAUCUUUU